UCAGUGGCUGUAGUUUAGUGGUAAGAAUUCUACGUUGUGGCCGUAGAGACCUGGGCUCGAAUCCCAGCAGCCACAUUUUCCCCAUUUUUUUUUUCUCAACGCUGUUUUGAUUGUUUUCCAGCCCUGCUGUUUAGCGUCGCCCAAACUUUUUCAAUCGCCAUUCACACUGCACAGACAGAACCACAAUCUUCUCGAACGAGUUACUAUUGAAUGAAUGCUGAAGUAAUCGUAAUUCCCUAUUCCGACUCUCCAACUUCACGGAAAUGGUAAGAUAAGCUUUUAGCUUCUUCGUUUAUAGCCUCCGAUUUGGUGGAGUUCAAUUUCCUCCUUCAUUUUCUGGUGAUCUCCCUUCCCAUUUAUCUUCUGCUUGGCGCUGUGUCCGAAAGGAAAUCUUUGAUCCGAGCAUCUGGGUUUCCUGUGGUCUGUGUUAAGCUAUCAGCUUUUGCAAUAUCGGCAUCUGGGAUCGUUAAAACCGGUUCUGGGUUGUUCGGAUUUUUGUGUUUUAUGCUUCGUACUUGUGCCACUGCUAUUUUUAUUAUUCCCAUCACUACGAUUUUGGAUAAUGCAAUUAGAGUUUAUUUCCUGCUGUCCGAAUUAGACAGUUUAUUUCUUGAUGUAAACUCUUGAAUAUCUAUUUCAUUUCUUUCUACCAGAUAACUUUAAUUUGCUUAACUCUUCCAAAAGAAUAAAAGCUUGAACUUUUUAAUCUAAUUCGACAUGGAGCAUUGGAAGUCUUGUGAAAUUGGCCUAAGUAUGAUUUGGUUUGGGAUGAUUGUAGAUAUUCUUAUAAGUAGCGGGGCAUAAACUCUUCCUUCACACGUUCUGUUUGCUCAAAGGAAGCAGUCUCUUUGAAGUUUAUAGGCUUUCUUUUGUUAAUGAUUUGAGCUGGCCCUUGCUCCAGUGGAUUUCCAUAGGACAGCCUCUUGAUCUUGUGGUGAUGCUAAUUUUGGGGUUUCAUAGCUCGAGGUUAAGAAAAUUCUGUUAGGAAUGUGAAUAAUGUUUUCAAUUGAUGGGCAUAUUCUUCAUAUUGUUAAUAAAUCUUUAGAUGUACAUCAGGCUACACCUUUCUUGGCUGGAGUUGCAGUUGCAGCUGCUGCUCUUGCUGGAAGAUACGGGAUCCAGGCAUGGCAAGCAUUCAAGGCUCGGCCACCAAGAAUAAAAACGCGCAGAUUCUAUGAUGGUGGUUUUCAGCCUAAAAUGACUAGAAGAGAAGCAGCUCUUAUUCUUGGCCUGAGGGAAAGUGCGACACCGGACAAGGUCAAGGAAGCACAUAGAAAAGUAAUGGUGGCAAACCACCCUGAUGCAGGUGGUAGCGAUUACCUCGCUUCCAAGGUCAAUGAAGCCAAAGAUGUGAUGCUCGGGAAGACAAAGGGGAGUAAUUCUGCUUUCUAGUGUCCGUCUCCGAGGUUGAAGUUGCUGAAAGAAGGGAAGUAUUUGGUUGAGAAGCUGGAUAUGUGGCCAAAACCGUCGAGAGAUAUGGCCUUGGUUUCUAAACUUGUUGUGUUCUUUUGAAUCACAGAUGAGGGUUUCCUUCCAAAAACAAAAAUUAGAUGAAGGUUACAUCACAUGAGCUUGGAACAGAGGAUGUUUACUGCGAGAGCAAUAAUCAACAAGAGUAGUUUGCUUGAGGAUGUUUACUGCGAGAGCAAUAAUCAACAAGAGUAGUUUGCUUGAGAUUAUGAGAUAUUAACAGUGAAAACUGAAAACUAUGUUUUUUAAGUAUGGACAUGAAUCAUUGAGUUAUAUAUCGUAUCACUUCAGCAGUCUCAUAAUCUCAUUAUACGAGUAAACCCCAGUUAAUCAUGGGUAGGUGGAGGGUGCUUUUCUUCUUAAUUAGUGGAACCCUAUGUAAUAAAUAAAAGCUUUGUUCGGUUGGUAGCUACACAGGGAAGCCAUUGAUGAUAACCUGGUACAUUGGGCAUUAAGUAUUUGAUUGUGGAUAAGAUAAUAAAAUUCAUUAAUGGGGUAUAUCCAUUAGUUUAUUUUUAAUAAUUUUUCUUUAAAUUACAUAUUCAUAUGAAUCAAUCUGCUCGAUCCACACUGCAAUGACUGAAUGCAUGAUAAAUCACCUUAUUCGAAUCCAAUUUGCUAUCUUGACAAAUAUAAAUAUGAAAAUACCCUGAUUCGAUAUGCUCCCUUAUUAUUCCUAGUUUGAAAUCAGAAUUUUUAAGUUCAAAAUUCAAUGUCACGAUUACUUACCUUACUCAUGGUUGUUUAGGUUAUCAGGUUAUCCAUUUCCUUGAAAAAAGAAUUAAAAGAGACUGGGAAAAUCAAGCCAAUAAUUGAAUUAGAGAAAAAGGAGUAAAUGAGGAUAGGAAUUCAUCGCUGCUUCGUUAUCUGUUUACUACAAAAUCCAAAAUAUAAACUGACAGACAGACAGACCCGCUGAGGCCCGAGACACAGAAUUAUCCACUCCAAAACCCAAAAACAUAAAGGAAAAAAAAAAGU